CCACCUUCUCUACCCACCAACACCAAACCCACUCACCAAAAUGAAAACCGAAGACAACCCCUCCAGCUUCUCACCCAUCUACCCCAGCGCCAUGAGCCUCGUCUCCAACCCUUAUUCCUCCCCCACUACCACCACCAACACCAAACCCACUCGAACCAUCAAAAAACGCUCCGCCUCUCCAACCCCCCUCAUCUCCCCAACUCGGGCCCCAAAACGCCUCACCACAACCACAACAACCCCCACCUCACCAACCACGCAAACAAAAACCCACCUCCUCACAACCCUCAAAUCCCUAAUCACCGAACUCGAACUCGAAUCUACCCCCACCUCCACCACCAACCAACAACCCCCCUGGACAACCACAGCCAUAACCCUCCUCCAACACGCCGAAAAAGCCACCGACGCGCACCUCAUUUCAACCAUGGAACUAGCCCUCGAGGUCCAGAAGCUACGCACCCAGGCCAUGGAGAUGAAUGCGGAGGUGAAGGCGCUGGGACGACGGAUGGUGGGGUUGGUGAGGGGGUGUGUGGAACUCGAGAGUAGGGUUUGGGAUCAGGUGGAGAGGGAUCCGGGGGGAGGGGUGAGGGAGGUGGUGAGGGGGUUGGUUAGGGAGGGGGUUAUGGAUCAGUUGAAUGGGAAUGUGAAUGUGAAUGGGGUGGGGGGUUGGAUGGGGAGGUGA